AAUCUUUUUUUUUUGUUUUUUCUUAGUCACUAAAACUUAGCUUACUCUGCUAAUUUAUUUAUUUUUGUCAGUCGUGGCUUUAAGACCCCUAAACUUAACCAAUUUCAUUAUUGAAUUCACUAGCAGUAUCCAAUCCUCUCUAUUUGUUAUUUUUCCUAAGUAAUAUUUUCCAAGAAACUAAUAAAUCUAGAUCUUUCCUAAUGACCAUGCUUUUAGAUAUUCCCAAUAGAUGUAAUAAUCAAAACUGUUGAUAUUCAGAAAUAAAAUGUCCUCUUUUUAGUUUUAAAUGCAUUUGAUAUCUUAAUUCCCCUUCUAAUUGAUUUUUUUCCUUUGUUUCCAUUAAUAUUUUAUCAUUAACUUAUUAAAUAUAAUAUAAUUCUCCACAUUUAGUUCAUUAUUCCAUUUUCUUAAUUCCAAAAAGUUAAGAUUCCCUGUCAUUUAUUAUUUAAUAAGCUAAUGUUUAUUGUAAACAUCACGUUCCAGUGACACUCAUAUAUGGCGAAUCUAAGUCUAGACCUUAACAUAAUCUCUGCACGUAACCUUGUAAAUGUUAAUCUCAUCACAAGGAUGGACGUGUACGGCGUCAUUACCAUACAAGGCGACGCCACCCAAAAUGAAAAAAAGGUGAAAACUGCCGUUGAUCGCUCCGGCGGUUGUAACCCGACGUGGAAUCACGCCGUCGAGUUUUCCGUCGACGAGAGAUUAGCUCGUGACAGUCGUUUGACUCUCGCCAUGAGAUUGACCUGUCGCCGUGUCCUAGGCAACAAAAAUAUAGGAGGAGUUAACGUCUCGUUGCUUGAGCUUUUAAAAUCAUGCACUCCCUCUAUUAAAGGUGACGUUAACGGCCAGGAGAUGACGUUUGUGACGUAUCAGGUAAAGUCACCGUCAGGGAAACGGAAAGGCUAUUUGACUUUCGCGUACCGGUUUAAUAAGACACCGAUUAAACCGGAAAUCCCAGCGGUCCUUAACCGGAGUUCUGUUGGUACGGAGGGUUUUUCGCCAACGUCUUAUCCUCCGCCGUCUGCACCGUCAGAAAUCGAGCACUUGCCUUCAGUUCCACCAGAACGAUCAACUGAGUGUCGUCAGGUCGAUUCCGACCAUCGGAAACAUCUCCUCGUUGCUGGCUCGAGUUUCGAUCCUCUUCCAGUAUCCUACGGCGGCGCUGGUUCAUCACCGUAUGAUAAAUUCGGUUACGCUUACCACCAUAGGUCACCACCACAGUCUUCUAACGCAUACUUUGCGCCGCCAGAAACGAGGCACCAAGGGUACGGACCGUACGGUUCUGCCACGCCGUCACCACCCAAGGGGAUAGGGCUUGGGCUUUUAGGUGGAUUGAUAAUGGGAGAUAUUAUUGUGUCUGACGUGGUAAAUUGUUUUGAUCUGUGAUUUUUUUGUUUAUGUAUUUUUUGUAAUCGAGGUAUGGCUUAUUUGUGCAAUCUAAAAUAAUUUAUUGAUUCCAAUCAAUGCAAUGCAUAAAAAUAGUUAGUUACAUGAAACAAUAUUAUAACAAAAUUAAUAUUAAGGAUUUUAUCUGGCAGAAAUCUAAUUUUCCAAUUCUCGUUUUAGUACUAAUUUAGUUUGAAUAGCUAAAAUAUAAGAGCUUGGAUAUAUAUAAUACUAGGGGUGGCCCGCCCUACGGGCGGGAAGUUUACAUUAAAAUUAUUUUAUACUAAAAUAUAUUUAAUUUUAUAAAAUAUUUGAAAAAUACUUUAAACUGAAUAUAAUAAAUAUAUUUUUUUAAUUAAAUAAUAUAUAUUAUUUUGUUAACAUUUGACCUUUUUAAUUUAUAAUCAUGUACGUGUUUGGAUUUUUAUUUGUUAUCAACUAUAUUUUCAUAAUUCAUUUCAGUUAUCAUUACUCGAGCUCCCACUUUUAGAUAUUGUAUAAACUACAUAUUUUUUUAGUGGACAGUUAAUUAGUUUGUUUAUUGAUAUUUAGCCUAAUUUAUUAUCUGUCCGGCCAAGAAAGAGUGCCAAAGUAUCGUUGCUACCGAGCUGGAUCAGUAUCAAAAGGGUGUGUCAUGUAUGCAAAGAGAGGUGGUGGUCAAGCUUGGAUGCCACCGUGAAUCCUCAGUGAAUAUGGAGAAUUUGCAAAGCUUGUUAAGGUUUCAACAGUCAGAUGACCCGGUUUUAGUUACAGUUUGUGAGCUAGUGGAAAGUGAUAAAUCUAAUCAUUUGUAAACCGCAGGAGUUAGGUAAACUAACAGUGUUUAUUUAUUUCAAA